AUGAUGGAGGACGACGGAAAAUCUAGGAUUCGCACAAUAGCCUGGAACCCUACCGGUCAACUUAUUGCCACCGGCUCCGCAGACCGUACCCUUCGGAUCUGGAACCCUGAGCGUUCGCAAGUGAAAUACUCCACCGAACUGCGCGGCCAUACUGCUGGAAUUGAGAAAGUCGUGUUCAACCCCGUUCGAGACUCCGAACUGGCCAGCUGCUCUACGGAUGGAACCGUUCGCGUUUGGGAUGUCCGGUCAAAGACCUGCGUCAGUCGUCUAGACGUCGGAGGCGAGGCAUUCACCUUGUCCUGGUCUGCUGAUGGAAGGGUAAUGAUCGUUGGCAGGAAGAAGCCCACCUUCACACCAUCAACCUACACAGCCCUAGAACCACACCCUCAGCCCAUCCAAACAAACGCAACGACCUUCUCACAUCACAUGUCCACCCCUUCCUCCCCAGACCUCCACCUCUUCGCCACGACCGGCGAAGGCACCGUCAAAAUCAUCUCUUACCCGUCCUUUGCCAAUCUCCACACCCUUCACGCCCACACUUCUGCUUGCCUUUCCAUCUCCUUAGCACCUACAGGUCGCUACCUCGCCGUCGGGGGCAGCGACGCCCUCAUCUCCCUAUGGGAUACAACGGACUGGAUCUGCAAGCGUACUGUCUCGAGCAAUAACGGUGGAGCCGUGCGUGGCGUGAGCUGGAGCUUCGACGGUAGAUUCAUCUGCGGCGCUUGUGAUGAGGUAGGCUGUGGUGGUAAUGGGUUGGAGAUCUUCCAUGCGGAAACGGGUGAGAGUGUUCAUACCGUUCCUACGGGAGGAAAUGCCAAUUCGGGGAUUCCGGCUGUCGCGUGGCAUCCUUCGAGGUAUUGGCUUGCAUAUUCUACUACUGCGGAUGGAUCGGGCCCAGGCGGUUUGAGAAUUGUAGGGGCUGCGGGUGGAAGUUUGUAG